CUGUGGGAACCUGGACUCUGCUGCUUCGUUUUUAUUCGGAAACGUUUUUAUAAGACGAUCAGAAUAUAGUUUGUGUCCUCCGUGUCCUAUAUAUUGAUUAACACUGAACGAAGGCGUCUAUCAGCAUCUGGACAGUCCCUCUUAUCCAGUUUCCAAAGCUGUCCGGCGAGCUCGGAUUGUCGGUGGAACCGGUACCACAGCCAUUACCGUUUGGUUUUUUUAGGGGCGAGAAAACCGACGCUUAACUGACACCCAGUCCAGCGUCUUUUUACAGUGUGGGAUCAAAUCCCUGCAGUCCAGUGGAGAUGAGUUUCAGGAGCACAGAGAGUUGGCGCUGCGUUAACGGCACUUGCGCGGAGAAAGUUGAGCCGUUCCCGCCGCCGCUCUCUUCCACCUUCGCGCUCAUCCUCCUGGGCGUCGCGAUCGUCGGCAUCGUGGCGCUUUCUCUCACCACGCACCACUGCCACAAAGGCAAGAUGAAGAGGCGGAAGAUCCAGCGCGCUCAGGAGGAAUACGAGAGGGAUCAGCUCAGCCCUGUCCCGGCCGCAAGAAAAGCGGAUCGCUGCGUGAUCGCGCGUCCUGCCGCCGGACGCACUGCACCUCCGCCUGGCCGUCAGGACACCGCCGCCGUAUCCGCGCACACCGGAGCCGUGGAGGCCGGAGUCCUGGAAUCUGUAGCUGUAUCACGAUAACAUGGAGAUCUGUAACUAUGCGGGACUUGUAGAUGUCUUGGAUGCAUUGUGAAACACCCCAUGCUGCUCCGUAUUACUCAUACCGUGGGACAUGUCUGCAUUUGUUUUUAAUUUCGGUUUCUUCUCCUCUAUAGAAAAAAAGGAGUUAAAAAACACUCGUUUAGGCUAUGUGAAUAUGUUUUCCCUGCUUUCAAUAUAUUCAAUAGCCAUCUAUAUAUAUACUGCACUGUGUGUGGACGUUAUAUAAAGAAGUUGAACAUUAGGCCAGCUGUGGACUGUAAUGAAGCAUCAGCCUUGUGGUGCAGGUUUACCGAUUGCUGCUGUCCAAGGUGCUGAUGGGAUGAUACUCCACAUUGACUUGCCUCCUGCUUUCGAGCGUCCCUGAUGAACAAAAUAAAGUUGUUGUUUUUUUAAAUCUAACACUUCUUGUCAAUCAACUGAAGGGCUUUAAGAUGUUUACUGAAUUUAAAAACACAAUUGUUUUUGCCCGAACGUGCUUAAAGAUUGAGAAUAGUGAGAAAAUCAUGGUUAAAUAAUAGAUUGAUCUGACUCAUUUAUGUUUACUUAUUCAUUUGUCAUACGUCAUUUUAGAAGUCAGCUUAGCCAGAAACAAUUAUAAACAGCAAUUAUACCAAACUUAUAUAAUAGGAAAUCAUUUGUACAUGACUAUAUAACUUACCCUGGCAGCACACUCAAAAUGAAGGAAAUUAAAGGAAAACAGACUCAAGUGUUGAAAGUAAUAAUAUAAAGUUUUACUUUUUUUCUAGUUUGUUUUUUGAAUAUUUUAUAGUGUAGUAAUGAA